AUGCUGCCUGAAGCCCCCCAAUCGUUCAACCGCGGGGGAGAUAUCUUGCUGUGGCCCCGUCCAACUCCUCCAACUCCCCAGACAACCGACAAUACUGGCGAAAAAGCCAUUCUGAGCCAACUGGUUUCAAAGGACGAGACAAAAGACAACGAAGACCAUCCUUCAAGUACUGAAAAGAUUGAGUCGGCAAAACCGAGCGAAGAUGCGGCGACUGCUCAGUCCCGUGGCCAGCCAAGCAAACCUAAGCCAGCGGAUGGACCUACGGAGUCGAAGGCAGUCCUAAGUCAACAUGUCGCUCAUCUACAGCAUAAGACUCUCGGAAAGCAGCUCUUCGAUAGAGAGAAACAGAUGGGUCGCUUCGGAGUCCGAGCCCAACAAGCAGUCUUGGACCAUACUUUCACACACAUGCGGAUCGAAGAGCUUGAAAAGCAAGUCAAGGACUUAAGAGCCAUUAUCAACGGCGCUGACACCGUGUGGGAGCCACCGACCCCAGACGAGAUGUAUCCAGUCCACCGCCAUCAACUCCUGAGGGUGCCCUUCGACCAGUUUCGUCUAACGAAAAAUAAUGUCGCAUUGCCCACAAACGAGAAAGCAGCUCUUGAGGUUCAAAUUUCCGAGAGCGUUUCCUCAGCGGGUGUGGAAUAUUCAUCUUCCCCUGAACGGCUGCGCAUCCGAUCUCGCGCUCUUCUUUCGCACCUCGAUAAGCUGGUCGGAGCUUCCCUGAUGAUUCAGACGUCGCCCCCACAGGUCGUGGGAAAUAUUGAGGUUUACAACAGUAUUGUUUUCCUGCGUCCAUUUAAAUUCUUCGUGGGGCACAUAGAUGAUAUCAAGGGCAGCGUCCAAGCCGUGAAAUCAGCUGCAGAAGCUGAGGAAGCAAAGAAGGCCAUCCCCUCCCAGGUACUUGAACAGCUCCCUAAACGGCACAAAGGGAAGAAGUUGCAGCAGAUGUACUUGUACAAGGAUCUGCUACCAGAUCUGGAGUGUCUAGUUGAAUUCCUCGACACGGAUCUCAAGCCGACGAUGAUCCUGCGACAGCAGAUUGCAGAUGGAACAGCAACAGAAAUUGAAUACGCCGAUCUCUGGCAUCUUUUCAAGCGAGGGGAUUUUGUUAUUACUCAGGAAGAGCAACACCAUGCUUACCGGAUUUUCAGCAUUGCCGGUGGAAGAGAGCCCCUAAGCUAUCGCAAAUUCGGCAAUGAAGAAAAGCCCAUCCGUGUCGAUGGAUUCGUGCUGGACUGCAUUAGCAUGGCUAGCAAUGGGCACAUGUACGUGCCGAAAAUCAAGCGAAUGUCCAUCAAGAAGUUUUUCGGAAGGAAGCCGAUUACCUCACUACCGGUUUAUCCCAUGAGAUUCGACAAGAACUAUGACACGCUACGAAAGAAGUUCAUUGACGGAGGCAAACGAUUUGUGAAUUUGACAAACCGUCCCUUUUGCCACAAGAUGUUCAAAGGCAGGACAUUGGAUGAUUUGUCACACGACUUGGAGGCGCAGGUCAUCGUUGACAUGGCCUUGGCCGUCGCACAAAAUCCUGAUUGGCUACUGAAGUCUUCCGUUUCGACGGACAGCUUCACCCGGCCAGACCCACGAGAGACCCGUCAAGACUCAUGGUGUAAGCAUGGAACCACACAAGGCUGUUGUGGAGGAGAUGUUAUUCACAGAGACGGAGAUACUGAUGAAUUCAAUUCUCAAAUCUUCUUGGGUGAGAUGUCUCGGUAUCUCGGGCCACGACACGAAAAGGAUUUGACUGAGGAUGACCUCAUGUUGAUGCAACAUUAUGUCCAUGCGUUCGUAUUACGAUCACGGCAAUGGGUUACUGUGCCGACCGAUAAACUCAGCGACGUGGAGUUCUCCAACAGCUUCGACGACCUAGUUCUGCCCGACAAUCACAGCAAAACGGUGCGUGCGCUGGUCGACACCCAUGAAUCCUUACGGGCGACAAGGUCAUCGGAGUCCCUCACUGGCAAUCCCCUCAGUAUAGGAUCUUGCCUGGAUCUCGUCAAAGGAAAAGGAGCUGGACUCGUGAUUCUACUCCAUGGACCACCUGGUGUCGGCAAAACCUCAACGGCCGAGUGCGUUGCGGAUGAUACGAAGCGCCCUCUCUUCCCAAUCACCUGCGGUGACAUCGGCGAGACAGCUCUCGAGGUUGAAAAGAACUUGCAGUACAACUUUCAGCUGGCUCACAAGUGGGGAUGCGUGCUUCUCCUCGACGAAGCCGACGUGUUCUUGGCCAAGAGAACGAGAAGCGACUUACGCCACAACGCUGUUACAAGCGUCUUUCUCCGAACUCUCGAAUACUACGCUGGCAUCUUGUUUCUCACGACAAAUCGUGUGGGGACGAUGGAUCCCGCAUUCAAAUCUCGCAUCCAGGUAUCACUGUUCUAUCCCAAGCUGAACCUCAAGGUCACCAAGGAACUCUACCGAAAGUUCAUCAAACGCGCCAAGGACGAGCAAAGGUCUAGAGGCCACGUUGAAUUCGAGAUCAAGAAAUCUGAAAUCAUGGACUUUGCAAAAGAGCAUUUCAGAGAUCUCGAGAAGAACGGCCGGGAUACAUGGAAUGGCAGGCAAAUCCGGAACGCCUUUCAGACAGCCAUAGCUUUAGCGGAACACAAGGCCAAGAAACGGAUCGACGGAGAACCGGUGCCUGUCCUCGGCGAAGAGCAAUUCAAGAUCGUGGCGGAAGGGUACGCGAAGUUUGACGAGUAUCUCGUUAGUGCGAUGGGUGCUUCCGAAGCCGAGUGGGCUAAUAGAGAUCGUUGGAGAGCCGACCCUUACACUACCAUACCUGCAUACGCACAGAUGCCGCCUCAAGCAGUUCCUCUGACUACUGAGCAGCGUCCGGUCUAUGUUCGUUCCUCUGCUAGAAAGAUGCCUGCCUCUGGCCAAGAUAGCAGUACCGAAGAGUCAGAAUCAGAUACGGACAGUGAGGAUGACGAGAUCUAA